AUGUUAAAACGACGCUUACUUAAUACUAAUUUUGUCAAAUUCUAUUCAACCUAUAAAACUGUUAGUGUUGGACAACCAUUCACAGCAUUGCAUCGUAUUUAUAUAGAAAGAGAUGGUAAAGUCGUUUCACCGUUUCAUGAUAUUCCACUUUAUGCAAAUAAACUACAAAAAGAUAUUGUAAAUAUGGUGGUUGAAAUUCCUCGUUGGACGAAUGCUAAAGUAGAAAUUUCUACAGGAGAAAAAUGGAAUCCCUUGAAACAAGAUAUCAAGAAAGGAAAGCCGAGAUUUGUACGUAAUUGUUUUCCUUUUAAAGGUUAUAUCUGGAAUUAUGGUGCAUUACCCCAGACAUGGGAAGAUCCAAGUUUUGUUCAUACAGAAACUAAUGCUAAAGGUGAUAAUGAUCCAAUCGAUGCUAUUGAGAUAGGUGAAGACAUAGGAAAACGAGGUGAAAUAAAGCAAGUGAAAAUACUAGGCAUUAUGGCUAUGUUAGAUGAAGGAGAGACAGAUUGGAAAGUAAUCACGAUUGAUACAAAGGACCCUAUGGCUUCAAAACUAAAUGAUGUAAAUGACAUUGAAAAGUAUUAUCCUGGUUUACUUGAUGCUACACGAACAUUCUUUAGAGUCUAUAAAGUUCCAGACGGCAAACCAGAAAAUUCGUUUGCUUUCAAUGGUGAAUGCAAGAAUAAAGAAUAUGCAAAAGAAAUAGUAAAUGAAACACAUGAAGCAUGGCAGAGGUUAAUAAGAGGAAAUGUACCGAAUACAACCGAGAGUUAUAAACUGAAUGUGUAA